GUUAUAGGAGCCGAAUCUAAUAACCUUGAAAAAUCGCAGUUCUGCGAUAAUGGUUGAUGCAAGUUAACGAGACAAUUAUGUAUCCAAAUCUAUAGUAUUUCGGGGAUAAACAUGCGAACGUUCUACGAAAAUUUGGCCGAAAUGAUAUAGCCCUCAGCAGAAGGAUAAUUUCGCAAUAAGGGUCCGUGAAGAUGGAGCACCUAAUGAAGAAAAUGGGAAAGAAGAAAAUGCUAGGUGUUUUCAUCUGCAUUUUCAUUGUGAUAGUGGUAUACAGCAAUUCACCAACCCAAAGAUUCCUGGAACCUGGCAAUGAUUUAGGCACUGUCGAGGGCUGGGAGUUUAACACCUCGAGAGAUGCAAGCCUAUAUGUACUAAGUGACAACUCGACUAUACUCAAACCCAAGGACUUCUGUGAGUCACCAACAUUCCUGCUCAUCAUAGUUUGCACCGCUCCACCCAAUGAACAAAAUAGGAAUGCCAUCAGACAGAGUUGGGGCUCUCAAAGGAAUGUUUCUGGAAGUUUAAUCAAAGUGUUUUUCCUUAUGGGGGAUUCAAACAAUGCUUCCAUACAGCAAGAUAUUUUGGAUGAGAAUGUUAGGCACAAAGACAUAAUCCAGGAUCACUUUUUCGAUUCUUAUAACAAUCUUACUUUAAAAUCCAUUGUAAUGCUCAAAUUAGUAUCGACGUAUUGCAUACAUAGCACAACUUUCUUGAUGAAGACUGAUGAUGAUAUGUACCUAAAUAUACCCCCAUUGGUACAUACUUUGAAAGCAGGGAACAGCACAAACAUCCUACUAGGCAGUCUUAUAUGUGGUGCAAAACCUAUAAAAGAAAUUGGAAAUAAAUGGUACACUCCAAGUUAUAUGUACAGUGGGAAGGUGUAUCCAAAUUACUUAUCAGGGACAGGUUAUGUUAUGUCCCUCGAUGUAGCUAGCAAGUUGUACGAGGCAGCUCUGCAAACCCCCAUAUUCCACUUAGAGGAUGUAUACAUUACAGGUAUUCUAUCGAAAUCCGUAAAGCUGAGACCUAGAAACAAUGGGGGCUUCACGUUUGUAAAGCGUAAGUACGAUCCUUGCGUCUUUAAAACCGCGUUCACUUCGCACCGACUUUCGCCCAUGGAAAUUCGUGAUCAGUAUUCUCAGCUCCAAGUGAUUAAUCUCGAGGAGGAAUGUCGUCUUCUGCAGUUAAGCAAGAACAAUUCCUUCAACAUCUUUGGUUACUUCAGUAACUCUAAAGCGAAACCAAAGAAAAAGAAAAUAUGCUACUAAGUGAUUGGAGUAAGGUAAAACUCGUCGCUACAUUUAGUAGAUAAUUGUUAUCGAAUGGAAUUGAGAUAUUUAGCUAUUUGUGAUUUAUUUAUAUUAUACUUACUUAUUUUUUUUUAGUUAUUUCACUCUAUUAACGUGCUCAACGUCCAAAACUGACAUUACUACAAUUUGUUUAUUUUUAUUCAAAUGUUUUCAACAUCCAGAAAACAACUGAUUACUCAGACGCAAUUUUUAUUUCCUAGCCAAGCUUAUAUAAACAGGGUACACACUUUUUUUUCGCACAUUACAUACAUUUAUCAUAAAGUCGAUAUAUUUUACACGCAGAAGAACGAAAGUUUUAUAUUCGUAUGUAGGUUUUGAUGUGAUACAACUUAUUAAACGAAGAACAAAUGAUCUUAUUUUAAAAUGUAAAAAUAUCAGCAUUCAUGCAGGUAUCUCGAGAUAAUUUCUAAUUUACUCCUUCACUGAAACAACAACAACAUUCUCUUAUAAAUCGCUUUCAUUUGAUAGUGACUACUCCAUUACAUAAAACACAACGUUUUACUUUGAAAAGAAUAUGUUUUAUAACGAAAACUGAUAUGAUAUUACACUAAUUAUAAAACAACUACAAAAUGCUCAGCAUUAUUAUCCAAUGUUAUUUAAAA